AUGGUGCGGUCUGCUGCAGCCUCUGCAGGUGUGUACGCGGCCCUCGAAGCCCGGCUGCUGAGGCUGGCUGCUACCUUGCCUGAGCAUGUGCAGCCCGGGCCUGACUUUUAUGGGCUCCCCUGGAAGCCUGUGUUGUUCACUGCCUGUUUGGGAAUCGUUUCGUUGGCCAUUUUCUUCUGGAGGACAGUCCUUGCUGUCCAGGAGAGAAUAUACCAAGUCACUGAACAGCAGAUUGCUGAGAAGCUGAAGAAUACCACAAAGGACAAUGCAGAACUUGUCCAAAAAAUGUCAAGUUAUAAACAGAAGAUUGAGGAAUAUAAGAAGCUCAUUCAGGAGACCAAGGAAAAAAAAUCAAUUCCUUGUCAUCAAACAAUUAAAUACAAGACCCUCCAUAUCAAUAUAACUGUGCCUCCAGUGAGUCGAAACGACGGGAACUCCAAUGGCUUGGCAAGUCGCGGCGGGACCCAAGCCAGUGUUGAAGACUGGAAGAAGUUGCAUGCCGAACUCAGCGAGCAAAUCAGGACCUUGGAGAAGUCUCAGCGGGAUCUGGAAGCCACUCUACCUAAUAAGGAUGAUAGCAUAGGUGCUCUGCCCAACUGCAUCAUGGAGCUGAAUCAUUUGGAGAGUGGAUCAGAAUCUGAGGGUCCAGGUCCAGGCAGAUGUGAGCCAGGUGAAUUGGCCAAUGGAGAAGUGGGAGGGCCCAAGGGUGAGGAGAGUAAGCUGAAGACUCGCAUGAACCAGCUGAUGGACGCCUCCCAGACACAAGCCAAAAUAUCUGUGGUUCAGGAGGAUCUCAAACUCCUGCAAGUGAAGCUGAAAGCCUCCCUGUCUGCCAAAUGUGACCUGGAAGACCAGAUCAAGAAGCUGAAUGAGGACUGUGGCACGCUGCAGGCAGCCAAGGCCGGGUUGGAAGAGGAGUGCAAGAUGCUGCAGCAGAAGGUGGAGAUCCUGAACGAGCUGUGCCAGCAGAGAGAGAUGGAGCUGCAGAAGAAGUUGAGUCCGGAGGAAUUUGAACAGCAGCAGCGAGACCAGCGGCUGUCGCCUGCAGAUGAGGAGGUGGUGCUGGCCACAGAGACAGUUAAGGAAAUUUACAAGCACAGAAUCCAGAAAAUGGAGGAAAACGUACAGAAAACAGAGUGCUCAUUUAAAAACCAGCUUGGCACUUACGAGAAAAAAGCCCACGAGAAUUGGCUCAAAGCCCGCAAUGCAGAGUGCCUGAUGGCAGAGGAGAAGCGGCAGGCCGCCAACCUGCAGCAGAGGCUAGUAGAGAUGAACCAAAAGCUGGCCAUGCUUCACGAGGAGCCUGAGAUCAUCAAGCCCAUGCAGGACUGGCCUGGAGUGCAGAAUGCGCCCUACAGAGGAGGGCUACAGAGGUGGGCACUCUGUCCCCUGAGCCAGAAUGGCUUCUUUGGCCCAUCCCCUAUGAGCGGUGGCGAGUGCUCCCCUCCCCCAGGCGCAGAGCCCCCCAUAAGGCUGCCCUCUGUGAGCCUGAUCUUUGCACGUUGCAACAUUCUGAGAGCCGACUUCGGGGCCCUGCUGGCUCUGUGCGAGGGCUCCCUGGCGUCCCGCCUCCCACGGGCCUUACAGCUGCCUGUCAGGGCAGCCAAGCCUCUGCUCCCUCCAGGAUCCCGGCCCUGGCCCCGUGCCAACAGCAGCUCCCGCGGCUCCUCCCGGAAAAAGGACAUGGAUGACAGCAAAGUGAGCCUGGGGCUCGUGCCUGCGCCCGCGCUGCUCCAUGCGCUCUCGGUUUCCCCUCUGUUCUCCAGCUGGCCUGGGCAUGGCGACCCCACUGUCUCAGUCACCAUCUAA